AUGCGCCUCGCCAUUACACGAGCAAAGGUAUUUCACAUCAACUCCGAUUGGGAGGGAGUGUUUCAGUGUUGGACAGAGGCAAUGCAAGCUGUCGAUAAAUUCACUUUGACAAAGGGCCAUACGACACGUACAAUUCUUCUCUCCAUCUGCGAUAUUUUGCGCCGCCAGGGACAGCAUGAGCUGGAGCUCAAAUCCCGUGAUCAAUUGGCUACGCUUGAAAAACUGGCUGGGACGGGAGGGUCGCUGUAUUGGAUUUCGAAGUGGAGGAUCUGUGCGCAAUACGGGUUAUGGCAAGGUUGCCUGAGCUGA